CAUGUCAGCCCGUUUGGAUUGUUCUUUCUAGUGUUCUUUCGGUUAAUUGCUCCAGUGAUUGAGGUUCUCAGUUCCUGCGAAUGUCUCCGAUUUCAUAGUGUAGCAUUCCUUGUACCGCGAUGCUCUUGCGCUGACUGCCGAGAGAUCGUUACGAAGGAUAUUGGCUGGAAAUUGCUCUGCGAAUGUCGAACCAGACCCAAAAUGCGUCUUUCUUCGUUCGCUUUUUACCAUCUCAUGUUGCUGUAUGUUCUGUUCUUCGACUGUCAUUCAUUUCGAAGCUUUUGCCUCGCAUUACCAUGA